UUUAUCUAACAAGCUGCCGUAAAAUCAAACAAUGUAUAUGUGUAUAUGUCCAGACAAGCCCCCCCCCCCCCCCCAAUCUUCGCCUGGUCGCCAUCUUCAAUUUUAAAUGUUUGUUUUCUCUGACGUUUAAACUAAUGGUAUUUCUAUUUGUUCAGAUCUCGGAUUCCAGGGUGAAUCACGUAAUAGUACAAAUGCUUGAAUAACAAAAAGAUUAAACCACGCUAGCCUCCCCUCAUCCUCACUCUGCAGAUCUUCAAGCACAGAUUAGAGUAUAUGCGCCUGACUCUGGCGUAAUGAAGUAGAUGGGGGAAUCAAAGAACAUGGUGUUGAAUGGCAGGCGGCAUGGCAGCAGAUUCUCCAGUGAUCUAUCCAUAACCUCGGCCAGGUCACUGCGACAGAGCAAGGGCUCCUUUAGAAGCAGGAGAUGUAGUCCACGUGUCAGCAGUUCUGCCCUAGAGGCAGAGAGACGUCAUACCCCAUCAUCUGGUAUGACUGCAAAAGAGCUCUGUGAGAAUGAUGACUUGACUACAAGCCUUAUUCUGGACCCCUACCUCGGCUUCCAGACCCAUAAGAUGAAUCGGAGGUUUCGACCUGUCAAGGACCGACAUAGACAGUUGAAGGAGGUGCUAGAGUGCUUUAAAAAACAUGACAACCUUGAGAAGGCCUUCCAUGCCUUGACUGCAGGGGACUGGUCAAGACACCACUUUCCGCACAAGACGAAAGCACAGGGCAAACUCUUCAAAGAGCAUGUUUUUGUUUACCUACGAAUGUUUGCAACGAACAGUGGGUUUGAAAUACUUCCCUGCAAUCGUUAUUCCUCUGAGCAGAAUGGAGCCAAAAUUGUAGCAACAAAAGACUGGAAAACCAAUGAUAAGAUAGAAUACCUGGUGGGCUGCAUCGCUGAGCUAUCGCAGAAUGAGGAAAGUGUGUUACUGCGACAUGGAGAAAAUGACUUCAGUGUGAUGUACUCCACACGCAAGAACUGUGCUCAACUGUGGCUGGGACCUGCAGCCUUCAUCAACCAUGAUUGCAGGCCAAAUUGCAAGUUUGUUUCCACUGGGCGAGAUACAGCUUGUGUCAAGGUUCUUGGGGAUAUUGAACCCGGAGAAGAGAUCUCCUGUUAUUAUGGAGAUGGCUUCUUUGGGGAAAAUAAUGAACUAUGUGAAUGUUACACAUGUGAAAGACGAGGUGCUGGUGCUUUCAAAUCGAAGACUGGACAGCCUACACCCACUCCAAUUAUCAACAGCAUGUAUGGCCUGAGAGAGACAGACAAACGUCUCAAUCGGCUGAAGAAACUAGAAGACAGCAAAUGCUCUGGCAGUCAGUUGGAAGGCUCUAAUAUGGAUCCAGACUCUCAGGAAAAUCAUGACACACAUCCAUCAGUAGGGAGGACAGCCCGCUCUAGUGUGACAAGGCUCAGUGACUCACAAGCUCUAAGCAGGCAAACUCUGUCCAAAAUGCCUAUCCCUACCUCAUCGUUCAAUCAAAGACACUCAAAGAACUCCAACGUGCCAAAGAGGCUAAAAUCAAAGUCCAUAAAGCCUUUGCUCAAGUUAGGAAGAAGGUGUCAGGUAACUGCCCACAAGUGCCCCAUUGAGGUGGAAGCUAUGGGUUUGUGCCUUAAAGACCCUACAGAAUUUGUCAAUAACAGGGUCUCACAAAAGAGAGAGAUGGAUAAGAAAGGGCCCGUGCAAGUGGUGGGAACAAGGGGUGAUCUUGAGCACUAUACUGCGAAGGAAAACCAUCAGAAAUCAGUGAAAGAUGUUAAUAGGUGCCCUGAUGGUUUAGCAUGCACUCACAGAACUCGCAGUUCAACCAGAGCAUCAGUUGGCACACAGGAGUCUGACAACAUUAAACUUGAACCAAACUUGCCACCCAUCCACUGCAGUGUGGUUAGUAAGACCAAGCCUAUGGACCUUGGAGAUUGUGUCACAGACAGUCACUGGAUGAACAGCUCAAGCCUGGAUAUCAGCUGCCCAAAGACUGAGAACUGUCACAGAUAUAAGCAAAUGAUAAAGCAGGAAGAACACUCUUUCCGACCAGCAUCCCUUCUCAAGGAGGAGGUUUCAGACCUGCACCAUACAGCCUGCACCACAGACAUAGCUGAUGGCAGGAAAGAGCUGCAAGGCCUGCCUGAUGGUCAUGAGCCCUACAACCUGUCUAAGGGAGACAAGCUUCUCCACCUUGGCAAGGGGAAGAAGAAACAGCAGAUUACGCGCUAUGAUUCCCAGCUGAUCCUAGCCAACAACAACUCAGGUGUCCCCAAGUUGACCCUGCGGAGACGAAGGGACAGCAGCAGCAGUAGGAUUGAGCCUGGUGAUGCAGACCCUGUCAAGUCCUCCAGCUCCACAAAGACCAGCAUGAAAUUUGUUAAGGACCAUCAUGCAAAGACCAAGAGGAGUUCUUAUGCAGCCAGACUGAGUAAUGGGACUUUCAGUCCUGUGGACCACAUCCGCUCCUCCAAACAUGGCCUCAGUCCUGUGGACCACAUCCGCUCCUCCAAACAUGGCCUCAGUCCUGUGGACCACAUCCGCUCCUCCAAACAUGGCUUCAGUCCUGUGGAUCACAUCCGCUCCUCCAAACAUGGCCUCAGUCCUGUGGACCACAUCUGCUCCUCCAAACAUGGCCUCAGUCCUGUGGACCACAUCCGCUCUUCCAAACAUGGCCUCGGUCCUGUGGACCACAUCUGCUCCUCCAAACAUGGCCUCAGUCCUGUGGACCACAUCCGCUCUUCCAAACAUGGCCUCAGUCCUGUGGACCACAUCCGCUCCUCCAAACAUGGCCUCAGUCCUGUGGACCACAUCCGCUCCUCCAAACACGGCCUCAGUCCUGUGGACCACAUCUGCUCCUCCAAACUGCAUAUUCAGCUGCAGCGUGAGCAGGACAGCAGGAGGCUCAGCCAGUAUCACCAUGGUACUGGGCCCUUCAAGGGUAUAGUAGAGCGGGAAGCAGGGGAGGUCUUUGGGCCGACUGUAGCAACAUUUGGGAUGCAUGAUGACACAGAGGAAGACUCGUCCUCCUCUGAAGAAGAGGAUGAAGAUGACGUCUCUGACUCUGACCAUGAAGAGUUCGACGAUUUCAUUCCACUUCCACCAACAAAACGCCUCCGCCUCAUUGUUGGUAAAGACUCUAUAGAUAUUGAUAUUGCAUCAAGGAGACGUGAAAAUCAGUCACGCACAGUCAAUGCAUGAGCUUUAUGGAUCUUUAUUUGACUAGUUGAUUUAAGUCAACAAAACAAAAAAAUCCCAUGCUGUUGUAAAAUGUUAACUAUUUUUGUACAUGAUGGAACUUUAUUUGUUAUUCAUAUAGUAGAAUGUGUAUAUUUUACAUAGCAUAUGUGUAGGCCUUUAUUUUUAUAUCUUCAGCUUUAUUUUGUACAAUUGUUAAUUAUAUUUAAAGCCUUUUCUUGUUUGUGGGGUAAACAUGCUAAAUUUUGCUUCACUGACAUUCACAAGAAUGGAACCUUUUGGGAACACACUUGAUGUGCUUUUGUCCGCAAUGCAGUGUAUACAUGCAUAUAAAAUAAUGUGUUUUAUAUAUUGUUUUGAGAGUUUGAAAGGAACAGAAUUGUUUCUUGCUGGAAGUCUGUGAAAAUGUGUUUGACUUCCAGUGAUUCCUGGAAGCUGGUCUGUGACAUUUUUGACCCAUUUUUAAUAAUUCCUUCAUUAAUCAAAAUGUCUUGGUGAUUAUGUAUUAUGUUAACUUUUCAGUUUGUGAAGAGAGAUUUUCUUUUUAUUCUAUUCAUUUCACAAAGUCACUCAAUUCUCAAACUGUAUCACUUCUCAGUCUCCGUUUUAACAAUCACAAAUUCAUUACAACUUAUUUGGUCUGGCAUUGGUAGUGUAGAUAUUCAAACACUUUGAAAAUCAGAUUGUUUUUCUUUGCUAUUUUGUUCACCAUUUGUUCAUCUGAAUGACUUUCUGUCUGCUGUGCGUGAAUGAUGUGCAUGUCUCAACUUCUUAAAUUGCUCUAUCAUUUUUUUUUUAUACUAGGUUGAUUUUAAAGUCGGUUGUACAACUUUGGUGGACCUGUCACUGUAUGCUGUCAUUCGUAGGCUACUGUCUGUGGUCUUGAUUAAGCUACACUACAUGGCUAAAAGUUCGUCGAACAUCUCAUUCCAAAAUCAUGGCCAUUAAUAUGGAGUUGGUCCCUCCUUUGCUGCUAUAACAGCCUCCACUCUUCUGGGAAGGCUUUCCACUAGAUGUUGGAACAUUACUGCGGGGACUUUCUUUCGGCGUUCCAAUUCAUCCCAAAGGUGUUCGAAGGGGUUGAGGUCAGGGCUCUGUGCAGGCCAGUCAAAUUUUUACACACCGAUCUUGACAAACCAUUUCUGUAUGGACCUUGAUUUGUGCAUGGGGGCAUUAUCGUGUUGAACCAGGAAAAUACCUUCCUCAAACUGUUUCCACGAAGAUGGAAGCACAGAAUUGUCAAGAAUGUCAUUGUAUGCUGUAGCGUUAAGAUUUCCCUUCACUGGUACUAAGGGGCCUAGCCUGAAUCAUGGAAAAACAGCCCCAGAUCAUUAUUCCUCCUCCACCAAACUUUACAGUUGGCACUAUGCAUUCGGGCAGGUAGCGUUCUCCUGGCAUCCGCCAAACCCACGUUCGUCCGUUGGACUGCCAGUUGGUAAAGCGUGAUUCAUCACUCCAGAGAACAUGUUUUCGCUGCUCCAGAGUCCAAUUGCAGCAAGUUUUACACCACUCCAGCCGACGCUUGGCAUUGCACCUUGUGAUCUUAGGCAUGUGUGCGGCUGCUCGGCAAUGGAAACCCAUUUCAUGAUGCUCCUGACAAACCGUUAUUGUGCUUUCGUUGCUUGCAAAGGCAGUUUGGAACUCAGUAGUCAGUAUCUUCUCGGUUGCAAAACUAUUUUUAUGCGCUUCAGCACUCAGCGGUCCCAUUCUGUGAGCUUGUAUGGCCUACCACUUUGCAAUUGUUGCUCCUAGACAUUUCCACUUCACAAUAACAGCACUUACAGUUGCCCGGGGAAGCUCUAGCAGGGCAGAAAUUUGAUUAAAUGAUUCGUCGGAAAGGUGGCACCCUAUGACGGUGCCAUGUUGAGUCACUGAGCUCUUCAGUACAGGCCAUUCUACUGUCAAUGUUUGUCUAUGGAGAUUGCAUGGCUAUGCUCAAUUUUAUUCACCUGUCAGCAAUGGGUGUGGCUGAAAUAGCCAAAUCCACUAUUUUGAAGGGGUGUCCACAUACUUUUGGUCAUGUAGUGUACCCUUUUGAGUUGCUUGUCGAAUGUUGAGAAUUACAGUUGAAUUUCAUAUAUAUGGCUGUGCAUUCUAUAACUUAAUGUAUGUCAUUCUUAACAUUUAUCUCCAUGUUUAAUUGUUUUUCUACCUCAGAAAAAAACUGUACUAAACGUGUCCUUAUUUCUGGUGAAUGUAGUUUAUAUAAUGCAAAUCACAAAUGCUUGUUUUUAUUUUACAGUUUUAAGUACUCAAAUUAAAGGUUUCUUCCAAGUG